AUGUACAACAGUCUAUAUGUCAUUCUCAUUCUAAUAAUUAAAAUCUACAAUAUUUCUACUCAUAUUUCAAAUCCUUCACGUUAUUGUCUUGUACAUCUUCGUCAUCAUCAACCAUCAAUUGGUCAUUAUUUACUAGAUAUUGAUCAUUCUAUUAAUAAUGAACAAGCAUGCGAAAAGAGAUGUUCUAUUGAUCAUUUAUGUUCAACAGCAACAUUCAAUCGACAAUCUCAUCGUUGUCAUUUAUUUCAACAUCGUGAAAAACAUUCUCGAUCAAAAACUUAUCGAUCAAAUCAUAUUUUUUCAACAUUUUCUAAUUGCUUAGGAAAAUUUUCAUUAUCAAAUAAUAAACAAAUACAAGUAUCAAAUGUUCAUUGCAAUUAUGAUGUAUUACCAUGGCAACAUGCUCAGACAUCAAUGAUAUUUAAAUCUUAUACAUUAAUUGGUAUAUCUCAUUUACCUUGUCAAGAACUUUGUUCAUCUAUUCGUUAUUGUGCUGGUAUGCAAUAUCAAUUACGUGGUUCACAUCGUAAUCAAUGUCAAUUACUACGUUCAACUAAACCAUGGGAUCUUUCACCCAGUAAAACAUGGACUGUAUUUGCUAAACGAUCAUGUCAUAUAAAAAUUAAUGAAAAUAAUAAUUUUCUUGAUCAAGAUCAUAAACCUUUAUGUAAUUUUAAAGAUUUUGGUCAAGGUCAACAUAAACAUUCAAAAGAAAUAAUUCAUGCAUUUUCUCAUAUAUCCGAAAUUCAAUGUCAAUAUUUAUGUUCAAGAAUGGGUAUUGAAUUUAUUGAAAGACGAUCUCAAUGUAUUCUCCUUUCUCCUAAUUUUCUUCAAAAUGAUGGUUCAAUUAAUGUUAAAUACCAUCGUCGUCAUCAUAUCUAUUUGAAAAUGUCUUGUCAUGUGUCAAAAUGUUCUACAAAUGAUAUAGAUUGUGGUUGUCAACAAAAUCCAUGUCAUCAUGGUACAUGUUUAUCUCGUCAACGAGAAGGAUAUCAAUAUAUGUUCUGUCAAUGUUAUCAUGGUUUCAGUGGUGAUUUAUGUGAUCGAGAAAUUAUUGUUUAA